AUGGCGGACGCGCCUGCCGAAAGCCAGAGCACAGGCUCGCAGAUACAUCCGCUCCUUAGGCAGAGAAUGUUGAAUCGAGCAGCGACCUUUACUGAAGGCGCGCAUCACUCCGCGCCGUCUCUCUCCCGCCGCAGAAGCUCCAUGCUCUCCGAGUAUUCCGACACGCGACACUCCUUCCGAUCUUCUACCGACAGCCUCCUUCGACCUGGUGGAAACACCGACAUGGACAAGCUGGCUACGCCUGACGAGCCUUCUCUUUGGCACUCUGCGCCUCUCGUCUUCGCCAUUGUACCCGCCUUUGCUGGCUUGCUGUUCCAAAAUGGCGGCGCCAUCGUAACGGACAUACUAUUGUUGGGCCUUGCCUCUAUGUUUCUGAACUGGUGCGUCAGGGCGCCAUGGGAUUGGUAUCACGCUGCCCAACAGGUACAAUACCUUGAGCCCGACGAACCGAUACGAAGUGACACUAUCCUGGAGGAAGACGAAGAAAGUGACGGAACGCGCGAUAAUGACGGCGAUUCUGCGUCGGCACCAGAACCAACGUCACCUGAGGAGCCAAAGAGGACAGGCAAGGACGACACAAAGCCUGCCACUGCGGCGCAGGACGAGGCCCGUCAAGAGCUUCGAGCGAACGAAAUACUAGCCCUACUCGCUUGCUUUGCGGGGCCUAUGAUCGGAGCUUACCUCCUACAUGCAAUCCGUUCACAGCUCACGCGCCCAGCCGAGGGGUUAGUCUCCAAUGUCAACCUCACCAUCUUCGUCAUGGGCGCAGAAUUGCGCCCAGUCUCUCACCUCAUCAAGAUGAAGGAAGCACAUAUGCUUCAUCUGCAGCGUAUAGCUCGACCAGACGCCAAAGAUGAGUUCCGGAACGGCGACGUGCAAGAGCUAUCGAACCGGCUUGCGCAGCUGGAGGCGCGGGUUGCUGAACCUGUUCAGAAUGUCGAUAUCGAGACCUUGAAGAUUAGCGCAAUGGUUCGCCAAGGGAUACAGCCUCAGCUGGAUGCUUUAAAUCGCGCAGUUCGGCGUUAUGAGAAGCGCCAAGCUGCCCAAACGAUGCAGACUGAAGCCCGCUUUCAGGACCUUGACAGUCGCCUGAAGGACGCUCUAUCCUUAGCAGCCGCUGCUGCCCGAUCGGGACAGCGACCGGGUCUCGUAUCAAUUGCGUUGACCUGGGUCGCUAGCUUCACUACGUAUUGGCUGCAAACGGCCUGGGCUGUUGCCACCUAUCCGCUCAGAACUGUGUCUGCAAUGGCGAGCCAAGUCCAAGGCUGGUUUGUGAGGACGGAUCGUCAACCUCGGAAACGAGUCAAAGGCCAGGUCAAUGGGCAUUCCUCAGUCCCGGCGCCUAGAGUGCAAUCGAGAGGCGGGCGAUGA